AUGCCUGAGAAAACUAAUGGGAACUACACAAAUGGGUCGGCAGCUCAUGCCGCGCCUAGCACGCAGUUCGGCGUCGGCCCUGCGUUCAAAGAAGAGCCCGUGAAGGCUCCCAAGGCGAACCGUGAAGGCAUCACAGAAACCUUCACGCAGCUUGCUCAAUGGAUUCGCGCGUCGGAGAGACCCUACCCAACCCAGACCGGCCAUGGAACCUUCACAGUUGGCAAGAGGCCCAGUCUCAGAUCAGACCUCAAAACCUUGAGCAUGAAAGACAUCAAGACAGUCAAGACGAUCAUCAAAAACUUGAUUAAGGGUGGCCCCAUUGACGACAAGACGAUGAUUAUGGAGGAGACUAUUCAGCUAGUAGCAGGCUUGCCUCACGGUUCACGACUUCGUGAGGAACUUACCAACAACUUUAUCAAUGAGCUAUGGAAUACUCUUGAUCAUCCCCCGCUACUUUACGUUGGCGACGAGCAUGAGUAUCGUAAGGCUGAUGGAUCGUGGAACAACCCCCAGGAUCCUUACAUAGGUGCUGCUGGCUCAACAUACGCAAGGACCUGCAGGCCAAGUAUUCAGGUUGGUGCCCUACCAGACCCAGAGCUCAUCUACGAGACCAUCAUGAAGAGAACAGACUACAAGAAACAUCCCAACAACACCUCUUCAAUCCUUUGGUACUGGGCCGACAUUAUUAUUCAUGACCUUUUCUGGACAGACCAGAGAGAGCCUACUAAGAACAAGACAUCCUCGUUCCUUGAUCUGUCUCCUCUCUAUGGUAGCAAUCAGGAAAUGCAGGACUCAGUGCGUACUUUCAAGGAUGGAAUGUUGAAGCCUGACGCUUUUGCCGACAAGCGACUUCUUGGACAGCCCCCGGGAGUGUGUACCAUCCUCGUCAUGUUUAACCGCUUCCACAACUAUAUUGCGCGUAACCUAGUUAGAAUCAAUGAGAACGGUCGUUUCACGGCACCAUCACCUGGCCUCGACGAAGAAAAAGCUGCUGCUGCCUGGAAGAAGUACGAUAACGACAUUUUCCAAACAGCCCGUCUUAUCACCUCUGGUCUCUACAUCAACAUUACACUUGUUGAUUACGUGAGAAACAUUGUCAACCUUCACCGAAGCAAUACAACCUGGACUCUUGAUCCCCGUGCGGAGAUGGGCAAGGAUGCUGGCACUCUUGGCGGAUCUGACCGAGGUACCGGCAGUAUGGUCUCGGCUGAGUUCAACCUUUGCUACAGAUGGCACUCUUGUAUUUCCGCCAAGGAUGACCAAUGGAUCAAAGAUUUCUAUGGCGAAAUCUUUGGGGCAGAGAAGGACGUGACAAAGCUUACUCUUCAAGACAUGGUUAUGGGAUUCAUCAAAUUCGAGCAAAGUAUUCCUGAAGACCCGGCAGAGCGAACUUUUGGCGGUUUCAAGCGAGGAGCAGAUGGCAAGUUUUCUGAUGAUGACCUUGUCAAUUGCAUUUCCGAUGCUAUCGAGGAUGUGGCUGGUGCCUUCGGCGCCCGCAACGUACCCCAGGCUCUGAAGCCCGUAGAGAUGUUGGGUAUUAUGCACGGCCGAAAGUGGAACGUUGCUGGCUUGAACGAAUUCAGGAAGCACUUCGGUCUCAAGCCCCACGAGACUUUUGAGGACAUCAACUCAGAUCCCGAGGUCUCUAGCGCUUUGCAGUACCUCUACGGCCACCCCGACUUUGUCGAGCUCUAUCCUGGCCUCGUCGCUGAGGAAGCCAAGUCGCCCAUGGUGCCCGGUGUUGGUAUUGCACCGACAUACACCAUCUCACGUGUCAUUCUGUCGGAUGCUGUCUGCUUGACCCGUGGUGACCGAUUCUACACUACUGACUACAACCCGAGAAGGCUCACUUCUUGGGGUUACAACGAAGUUGCAUACGACCUCAACAUAAACCAGGGUUGUGUCUUCUAUAAGCUGUUCCUCCGCGCAUUCCCCAACCACUUCAAGUACAACUCAGCAUACGCACAUUAUCCUAUGUGUGUGCCUGGUGAAACUCAGAAGAUCCUUACGAACCUCGGCCGUGUCCAAGACUUUAACUUCGACCGCCCUGGCACCGUCCCUAGGCCCGUCACUGUCAAGACAGCUGGUGCCGCCAAGUACAUGCUCGAACGCCCGAACAAGUACAGCAUCAACUGGAACCAGAGCCUCGCGGAUAUCAUGGGUCCCAGCUUCUCCAAGCCAACUAGUGACUCUGCUUUCCACAUUGGCAAGGAGAAUUGCAUGCAUGAUCAGCUGUACAGGGGAGAAUGGGCCAGCCAGCUGAAGACAUUCUACUCGCAGACGACGGAGAAUCUAAUCAAGGAGAAGUCCUUCAAGUUGAUGGGCACGAACUUCAUCGAUGUCGUCAAGAACUUUGCCCAAGUCGUGCCAGUGCAGUUUGCCGCGCGCACCUUCGGUCUCCCUCUGAAGACCAAGGAUAACCCCAAGGGCAUCUACAAUGAGCAGGAGCUCUACGCCAUCUUGGCUCUGAUCUUUAUGUGUGCCUUCUACGACGUUGAUCCUGUCAAGGUGUUCCCCAUGAGACAGGCUGCGAAGACAGUCGCCGGACAACUGGGCGAGCUUAUUGAGGCUCAUGUGAAGUCUGUCAAGGGAAUGUUCGCCUCCAAGCCCAAGAAGGGUGACCUCGCAGGUUACGGUGCCGACCUGAUCAAAGGAUUGUCAAAGGGCGGCAUGAGCAACCGCGAUAUUGCUUGGAGCGAGCUUCUCCCAGCUGCCGGUGCCACUGUCCCCAACAUCUCCCACGUCUUCUCCCAAUCGCUUGACUACUACUUGACUCCCAACGGAGCCAAGCACAUCCCAGAGCUGUACAGGAUCGCCAACCUGCCAUCCUCUGAGGAGAGCGACUCGCUGCUCCUCGGCUACUGCAUGGAAGGUAUCCGUCUAGGCGGUACCUACGGCGCCUACCGCGAAGCUGCUGCCGACGAUGUCAUUGCCGAAGACGACGGUAGCUCGGUCUCCGUUAAGGCCAAGGAUCGCAUCUUCGUCAGCUUUGACUCUGCUGGCCAAGACGUGAAGACCUUCACCGAACCCGAGGAAGUCAACCCUCGCCGAACCCUGGACUCAUACGUUACCUACGUACUUGGUCCACACACCCACCUAGCGCAGAAUACUUGCCAGAUCGCACUCACGGAGAUGUUCCGAUCUAUCUUCCGCCUGAAGAACCUGCGACGUGCUCCUGGUCCCCAGGGCGAACUCAAGAAGGUCCGCAGCGACGAGGGCUUCGAUCUGUACAUGAGAGAAGACGGCGGUGCUUACUACCCCUUCCCUACUACCAUGACCAUCUGCUACGAUCUCUAAUUUUGCCUUGUUGCUUGUUUUCGAUAUCCUCUCGUUUUGUACACCUGAUUAUGUGAUGUUACUGCCUAAGUUGAUUUGGCCAAGCGGGUCAAGCUUGUGGAUAUACCAUGGGGAUUACUGAUGUUGGAAUUACUAUAAUGUGUGAGAAG